AUGGCAACGCAAGCACCCCCAAUCGCAGAAACAGAAACCAACGGCCACGCCACCAACGGCAACGGCGCAUCCAAACCCCAAAACCGCGCCGCCUGGAUCCCCGCCAAAAAAGCCAUCCCGUUCAAAGUCUCGUCCGCCCCCUACACCCCCCCAGGCCCGGGCCAAGUCGUGGUCAAGAACACCGCAGUCGCAAUCAACCCCUUCGACUGGGUCCUGCAGUUCAUCGGCCCCGCAUUGGCCGGGUACCUCAAGUACCCCUUCAUCCUGGGCACCGACGUCGCCGGCGAAGUGGUCGAGGUCGGAGCAGACGUGACGCGGUUCGCCGUGGGCGACCGCGUCUGCGGGAGCUCGACGGCCAUCGCGAAGGAAGUCAACGAUCCGGCCGAGGGCGGGUUCCAGCUGUACACGGUGAUGCGGGUGCACAUGGUGACGCCGAUCCCGGCGGGCGUGAGCGACGAGCAGGCGUGCGUGCUGGGGCUGGGGCUGGGGACUGCAGCGUUCGGGCUCUUCCACAAGGAGUAUCUGGCGCUUGACAUGCCGAGAGUUUCAGAGAAGGGGGCUGGACCCGAGAUUCCGCUCGGCAAAUCCGGCAAGCCGCGCGUCGUGAUCAUCACCGGCGGCGCAAGCAGCGUCGGCAGCAACGCCGUCCAGCUCGCCGCCGCAGCAGGCUACGAGGUCCUGUCCACCUCGUCGCCCAAGAACUUCGACUACGUCAAGAGCCUCGGCGCAAGCGGGGUCUUCGACUACAGGAGCAAAUCGCUCUCUCGGGAUCUUCUGGCUGCCGUGAAGGGCAAGGAGCUUGUCGGCGCGUAUACGAUUGGCGCGGGGGCCGUGGAGGCAUGCACGCUCGUCCUGAAGAAACACGACCCGGCUCUAACGCGCAGAUUCAUCGCCGUCGCGGGCCAGCAUAUCCCGUCUGAGAAGCUGACUACCUUCGUUGGCAAGGGGACGUUCUUCAUUGGGAUGAUUGGGGGGAUGGUGAAGUCGAGUAUUCGGCAGCGCCGGACGGGCGUCACGGCCAAGUUCAUUCUCGUUGAUGGGCUUGUUGAUCCGGAUAGUGUGGUUAGCCAUAUCUACAUGGACUUUUUGCCGGAGGCGCUGGCGAGAGGGCAGUUUGUGCCCGCGCCGCCGCCGCUUGUUGUGGGCAAGGGGCUGGAGAAGAUUCAGGAGGCGUUGGAUGUUCAGCGGAAGGGGGUUUCGGGGAAGAAGCUUGUUGUUACGUUGUAG